CCCAGGUCUGAAUCGGUCGUCCUACAGAACAAAAAAAGGCCGUAAAACUACGAAACCAAGCCCGGUGUGGGAAAGUUGUGGCGAUGGCGGAGAAGGGCGGCGGCGGCGGCGGGGAGAGGUGGAAGGCGGCGAUCGUGAACGUGACGGAGAUGGGAGCGAAUCUGGAGUCCCUCCAGAAGCUCCUCGCCAAGAAAGCCGUCUUCGUCGACGACGACACCUUCGCCAAGGCCUCCCUCACCGCCGACCAGGCGCGAACCAUCAAGCCUUUUUCCAUGCUCUCCUGUCACCUGAAACAAACCCUGUUGCAUCCAUCAACUUUCAGUAGAUCUUGCAACCAGCUGACUCUCUUCCUGACAAAGCACAUUUAUGUUGUCCCCUCCUCAUCAUUAAACCAUUUCUGUACAACGUUAUGUUUCAGUUAUGCGCUCGAGCUUUUUCUUAUAUUACACCUUACUUUGAGCUGGAGUUGUUGAUCUCCACUUACAACAUGUGGAUGAAGUCAUUUUUAAAUGCACCUAGAUGAAACAUGCUGAUUCUGCAAGAAUUGCUCUGCAUAAUUAAUGUAAUGGAUCCAAAGGAUUUGGAUUCUGUUGAGGUCAUUAGGAUAAAUUCUACCUUGCCAUGGCUUCCCAACUAGGGCUGGAUCCUCCAAGUAUAGAAACAUGUUUACCUUGUAUUCUUUGCUUUCACCAUUGGAAAUUAUAUCUUUUGGGGAAAGUAAACUCUAUAUUGUCUAAUUUAUCUUAGUUUCUGAU